CACACCCUUAGUAACUCCAUCAUCAGGAGCUGUUUCACUGGGAGAAAUGAAAGCUCUGGGAAUAGAGAAAAGAUGGCUGCAAAUAUUUGAGAGGAUUUCUUCUGGGACAGUAAUCAGCAUAGGAGAGAGGGCACAUAUAUUAGCAUAGCACGCAACAAUUAAGGACCAACAGGUAGAAGUUAAAAGGAGAGCAUUCAAGACGAAAUAGAUUUUCCUGGGCAAAAUGCAACAUACUGCUGAAGGAGAGAUUCAGGCACAGGAUGGGAGUUGAGACAGACAGCAGAUGCCAAUAUCUAUCAAUUGAGUCCAUCAUUCUCUUAACUCAUUGCUCACUCUCUCCUUCUACCUGGGCCUCACUCAGAGCUACAUUCUUUCUUCCGUUUCACAGAUGUUUACCGACCUGCACUAUCCAGUAUCGUAGCCACUACCCCAUGUGGCUAUCUGAAUUUACUAAGCUUAACUAUAACAAACAUGCAUUUCCAAAGUGCAACUAACCACAUGUCCAAGGCUCAGUAACUGUCUAUGGCUAGUGGCUAGCACCCUUGAAGGUUCUAUUGGACGGGGCAGUUUGAGCCGGCUAAGGUAGUGAUGGUAACUACUGAAUGAAAAAUCGGAGUUCUUGACCUUGGCUUACAGACUAAUGGGGGGAGGGGAACGCCCAAGAUUGUUUAUUAAUAACCAAGCUCUUGCUUCUAAACCGGGCACUUUGCUAAGCACUUUCUGUGACUAGCUGCAUACUGCUAACACCACGAAAGAAGUGCCACUGUGCUCAUUUGAAGAGGGUAAUAUAACGGGUGCUGAAGGAAUGAUUACCAAGACGUACAAGGGAGACCUGAGCCCUAGGCUCCCAGAGAAGAAGAAGAAGAAGAAGGUGGUCAAAGAGCCCGAGACUCAGUAUUCGCUUCUCAACAGUGACAAUUACUUCACUGAAGUCUUUCCCAUAAGAGCAACAUCCCCCUCCAAGAGUGUGGUCCCAGGGCAGGUGCCCGAGAUGCCCCCAGUGAAGAAGAAGAAGAAGAAGAAGGCCUGCGAGGAGCCCCCCGCACGGGACCCCGCAUCGCCGGCCCGUCGGAUAAAGUCGCCCAGCCCCAAGAAGCAGGUGCUUGGUCCUUCUGGGUUCCUCAGCGGGGAGAAGAAGAAGAAGCGGAAGUCCUUGUGGCCUCUGCCCAUGUCCCCUGACUCCGGGGUGAAGGCCUCCCUGGAUCCCAGACAGGGCGAGGACGUGACCAGAGUUGGCAGGAAGCUCAAAAAGCACAAGAAAGAGAAAAAGGCCCAGCAGCCUGUGUCCUGCUCAGCCAAGGCCCCCUGGUUCUGCGAGGCUGGGGAUGGUCCCUGCGCUUACUCCAUGGGGACGGUGGACAGGGAGCUGGCAGCCUCAGGGCACAAGCGGAAGCAGGGGAGCCCCAGGGAACGCAGUGUAAAGAUAAAGAAAAAAAAGAAAAUCUGCCAGGAGGGUGACACCCUUUUGGGGCACCCCAAACUCUCCAGGUCCGUGGAAAGCAGCCCUAGGAAAGGAGGUGGUAAAAAGAAGUCAGCCAAAGUCGAGGCUCCAGAAUACAUCCCAAUAUAUGACCCCAAGGCCUCGACGAAGAAGAAAGUGAAGACCAAGAAGAAGACAGAGCUGCCAGGCGUUGAGGAGCCAGCUCUGAAGAAGAAGAAAAAGAAGAGGAAAGACAGCUCAGUGGUGGAAAAACCUCAGGAGAAGGAGGAGCCCCGUAUCUGCCAGCUGGGUGACCUCGAGCCAGCCUUUGCCCUGUGGUCCUCAAGGUCCGGACGGGUGAUUUGCCUGAGCAGAGCCAUCCAGGGAUUGCCAUGGGAGACGCCGGGUUCCUGGCGGAGCACAUCUAAAGAGCCUGACACAGACCUGGAGGUGGUGCUGGAAAGGAAGGGCAACAUGGACGAGGCGCACAUAGACCAGGUGAGGCGAAAGGCCUUGCAAGAAGAGAUUGAUCGAGAGUCAGGCAAAACGGAAGGGUAUGAAUCCAAGAAGUGGAUGGGACCCCAGUUUGGCCAGUGGGAUACUGCUGGUUUUGAAAACGAGGAAAAGAAACUGAAAUUUCUCAGACUCAUGGGUGGCUUUAAAAACCUGUCUCCUUCACUCGGCCGCUGCAGCACGAUGGGAAGGUCCAACAUGGCCCUCAACAAGAAGGCGGCCGACUCCCUGCAGCAGAGCCUGCAGCGGGACUACGACCGCGCCAUGAGCUGGAAGUACAGCCGGGGGGCCGGCCUCGGCUUCUCCUCCACCCCGGACAAAAUCUUUUUUAUUGACAGGAACGCUUCCAAGUCGAUAAAGUUUGAGGAUUAAACUCCAAUGUGUUGUCCCCCAAAACGACCAGAACUACUUUUAUUCUUUAGUUUUGCAGGUGAAAGCCAUCGGACAGUUGUCUGGGCCCGACUCCUGGGGAGAUCAAAGACAACUGCGUUGAUGUGCCGGGACAGACGGGGCGGGGGGCAGCGCCUGUGUCAGGAGCCAAGGAAGCAGGAGUGGCUGCCAGCUGCUGUUUCCCGCCAUAAGCAUUCCGUACCAUGUGAACAUCCGUGCGUGUACAUGGUAAUGCUCCAUGUUUAUGGGGUGCUUAGCACAUGCCCGGCACAUACUAACAUGUUUCCCUCACGUUAAUGUAGUUCAUCUUUGUUGUUACAAAACAGGUGCUAUUAUUAUCCCCAUCUUAUAGAUGAGGAAACCUAGGUUCAGGGAUGAAGUAAUAAAAUUGCCCGGGGUCACUCAACCAGUAAGUGCCAAGUGUGCUUUGUACCCCAAGCCCUUUGUCACUGUGCGCUGCACUGAAUGUCCCGCCCAGGGAAUUCCACCCUGGGUCCUCGUUGAGAACGAGGCUGUCUUCUGAUCAAAGGAACAGGCGUGAUAUCUGAAGGAAGUGGAAUGAAUCAAACGGGAAGAGCAGCUCAUUUUCCUUUCCCGCCUCAGGGUAGCGACAGGCAGAGGCAUCUGAAUUGCUCCCCAGCUGCUGUGGCUAAGUUUCCUCUGCUACUGGAAAGUGUUUCUGAACCAAUCUGGCGCGCUCCAGCUGCCUGCCUGCACUCCUCCAUGCUGAGCUUGGAUUAUUUCUCUUCGAACUGGAUUCUGAGCGCGGCGUCUAGAGGACAGGUAGUGUGUCUACUGUGGCGGAUUCCCAAGGGUGUGUUUCAGUGGACUGUUUUCACUACAAAGAAGAGAAGCCCAGUGACAGCUGUGGCUGAUGGAGUGCCAGGCGCAUGGCGUGUGGGAACGACCCAGGAAGAUACCCUGGGACAGUGUUUCCGGCCAGCCUCACAGCUCCAGGAACAGCGCCCAAGGAGCAUGUGACGACCACCUCUCCACCCACCUCGCAUUUCACAUCCCGAAGUACAGGUUCUGUUUGAGACAUUUCCACGUGACUUGGCCUGAGCUCCCCCCGAGUCCAGCACGGGCAGGUCUAAAUGGCAGGAAGUCCUGACAUCGGAAAGCGAGUCCGCACCUCGUCAAGGAAACCCUCUCUUCCUCUCUGCUCCGUCAUCAGUGUUGGCUUCAUCUGUGGUGGAAGGGAGGCCACAGCAAUUCCAGGCAAUGUGUUAAGACAGUAGAAUGUGAGGUUGAAAAUAACGUCGUGGUUCAAGGAAACUUCCAAAAGCCUCUCAAGAGAAUCUUUUUAGUAACUUAGGGCCUAGCAACAGGUCACAUAGGAUGGGACUUGCCUUCUCGACUCAGUAGAUCACUAGUGGCUUGAAAGUUACAUCUGCUCAGAGGAAGGCUUCUUGGAGUCUGGUCCUGGAGCAUUCUGACCAGAGGGCUGGGCAGCUACGAAGCAAGAUGCCAAGUCUCAGGACGGACUGGGCCUCGUCAUUGAGCAGGGCUGUCUGCGGCAGUCCGUGGGUCAUGGCGGGGGGCUUUACUCUGAGCUGCUGUUAGCUGGGCUUCUGUCCUUUGUAAAUGACACCGUGGCCUGAGCCCCCUGCCCCUCAGACCCCAUGUCCAGGGCUGCCCUCAGGUUGUCUGCGAGUCCUUUUGGUGCCAUUUCCUGUGUUCUUUGGGCCCUGGCCUAAUGUGUAACAGUUUGUCUCCACUGAGACAUGGCAGUUUGGGGGUUUUUACUCAGGAUCUGAGAGAAAUGGACAGGGGAGGUUGGCGUAGAGCAUGGCCAAGUUCUCUCGAAUAUUUCACAAUCCUGUUUCUCAAACUUGGCUAUUUUGUUUUAGGAUUUCUCACCAAUGACCCUCCCGUGACAAGGUGUGCCCUCACAGCUACCCUUAUCCAGCUGUCCCCGAAGCCUCAUGAUUCUUACUGGCCCUGGGAACAAUUUCUGCUCUGUCUCUGCCUUAGCCCACAGGCUCUGCGCUGAGGCCAUCUUGCCAUAACUAGACUGGCCCCUCAAAGUAUUUGCCAAAUAGACACAGUUCUCCCCCAAGAGAAGUUGUGUAUUCAGCUCUACAACUUGGAUAUGUGAUUGGCAGAAUAAUGCCAAACCCCAUGCCCCCAAAAGGGGCCACAUCAUAAUUAACCAGAUUUUGUGAAGGUUAGGUUACAAGACAAAAGGGAGUUUAAGGUCACAGAAGAAAUUCAAGUUGCUAAUCAGAAUUAGGGACUUGAGAGUCAGUGUUGAAGAGACUCAGACUUGACAAGCAGUUGCUGGUUUUGAAGGAAGCAGCCACAAGCCAAAGAAGGCAUUAGGCUUCCAGGAGCUGGAAAGGGAGUGAAAACCAAUUCUCUAGAACAUUCAAAACUUAACAGGGCCUCGCCAAUGUGAUUUUAACCCAGUUAGACCAGCUGGAAAUCUUAACCAUGCAGGGUGAUAAACCUCGUUCAAGCCACUAAAUUUGUGGUAAUUUGUUAAAGCAGCAAAAAGAAAAAAAAUGCAGGUCUCAGAAGUUUCCCUCUUUUUUACCUUAUUUUCUAAAAUUGUUGCUUGGAUUUAUUAUUCCAUAAUGAUAGUGGUCUUCAUUCCAUGUAGGCUAUGGUCUUCAGACACUAGCAAUUUGAUUUAGUAACAAGAUGGAGAAAACUACAAAAGAACACACAGAAGCUAAGGCCCCGCCUCAGCCAGGUGAGCCAGGUGACAGGUGACCGAAGUCCCUUUGGCGUGAGGUUUCCCUGAUGUUGUGUGAAAUUCCAAGUUCAGGUUAACAUAAAAGCAUUUAGAAUUUACUGACCUUGGCUUGGGAGCCAGUGGGCACCAGUAGAAGUGACUGCAAGGACAUAAUUUGCAAAUCUGCCAAUUGUUUUUCAUUGAAACAGUGUAUAGUCAAAGUGAUGUAGGAAUUAUUUAACAAAUAAUUUGAUGACAUAAAGGCUACUUGGAAAUAGCUAGGCGAUACCACUGUGCUCCCUGAGUUUUAUAUGUUCUUAAAAUAAAUGUUUAUAAACUCAUGAUUACACUGAAUAGUUUGGGGCCAAGAAUAUGCUGUGGAAUUUUGAAUUUUCUGGCCAAUUUAAUAAGCACACAUCCCACUCCCCAGCAACUCUGUUGAAAAAAACAGCAGGUCAGAAUACUUUUCCUCCCCUUAACGGAACGAAAGAUUUUAGCCCCUUUUCCUGUUUGAGAUGAACUGAAAACCCCAAUGGUGUCCCAGGGCAGAGAUGAAAUGUCACUGUGUCCAGGGAGACCUGAAGUACAAUCGCUGAGGGCCCUUGUAAUCUACAGCUGGGAUGCACGGUCCUGAGCAGGGGCUUCUAGGCUGUGAAUCACCAAUCAGGCUCUUACCAAUUGGAAGUCAAUGUCAGUGGAAGCUCACUGGUGAUAAUAGGAUCCAGAUUCCACCAAGCAGGGUAGAAAAGUUGGCAGAAUAACUGCUGCUUACAAGCAGGACGCACAGCAGACCGGGCGACGCAUUGAGACGCACGCUCUUUCUUCUGGACGAACAAGUAAUUAAAUGAACAGUCAUGAGUAUAAUGUUCCUGCAGGAGGUUUAUUCAGUCACAGACCCUUGCCACCAAAGCCAUGGGGAGUCUCAGGUUUGACCUCACUUUCUCAGACUUGAUCUAUCCACAAAAUCCAACCGAGAGCUGCUUUUGAUAGCAAAAUGAAUUAACUGAGCCAGCUGCUUUUUAGAAGUCUUCAAGGUGGUGUAGGCAGCAUUCCAUCCCAUUCAAUUCCACAGAGAGCAGCAACAGCUCUUUAAAAGGUUUCUUUUCCAAACAAACAAAAAGACCUUCCAGAAACAAAUUGCUGUUACCUGCAUUCUUCAGCUCCUCUCUUGCUAAAGGCCCUCCUGAUCUUCCCCAGGCUCACUGAGCCCCCGAAGCCCAUGUGUGCAGAGACCCCCCGGUGCUUGGCUGCUGGCUGAAUGGGACAGCAUGUCAUGGCCCCGCGCUUCCACUGUCAGAUCAUCAGGGUAGAGGCCAAGACCUGACCCGGUCUGUACAUGUAUGAAAGUUACAAGAGGCAGAGCAGGUCUUGGGACAUCACACCACGGCCCUCCGGGUCAGGCCCUCGUUUGCAGGGGCAGCCUGAGGGCCAGCUCAGUCAGAUGACCCAUGUCUGGCUGUUUGCUUUGCCUCUUGAUA